CAUGCGUUCUACUUUCUCCAUCGCCAUCUUUCUUGCUCUGACCGUCGUAGCGUACGGCGCACCGACUGAGAACGUCGAGCGAAGCAAGCCAAUCUUCGCAGGUAGCGUUCACGAGAACCUUGAGCGAAGCAAGCCGAUAUUCGCUGGUCGCGUGCAUGAAGAGGUCGAACGCAGCAAGCCGAUUUACGCUGGCCGCGUUCACGAAGAGGUCGAGCGCAGCAAGCCGAUCUACGCGGGCAGCGUGCACGAGGAGAUCAAGAGAAGCAAGCCGAUUUUUGCUGGCCGUGUGCACGAGGAGGUUGUUGAGCGCAGCAAACCCAUUUACGCCGGUCGCGUGCACGAGAACAUUGAACGGAGUGUUGACGAGGACGUCAGCUAUUAACUGGCGCUGAGCGGAGAAGAUAUUUAGCCAAUGUACUAUACGAUUGUAAUGAACUCACC